AUGCUCCAGAAACAUGAAGACUCUCAUCAAGAGGAAAUAAAGUUUCCUUACUACUUUGACUUUCUAAGAGAGAGAAAUGAAACUUCUGACCUUUCAACAAUAAACAAAGCUGGAAAACCAAACGCCAUGAACCCAGACACAGAUGUAAACAAAAGUGCUUCUUCGGCAGCUGAGGAACAGCCAGAUGGACCUGAUGGCCCCCUUCCUGGCUCAAACAGUGGCCAAGAAAACAAAGUGAGGUUAUCUCCAGCCAAAAUGUCAACCAAGAAUUCUACAGAUCUAGUUGAAUACACUGGAAAGGGUCAUUCAUUCCUUCCUGCCAUUCAAAACACCCAGAGAAGUGAGCUAGAAGACAGACUAACCAAGCAGGAGCGCACCAUUGCCUUCCUCCUAGAACAAGCCUUCCGCAUCAAGGAGGACCUCUCUGCAUGUCUGCAGGGGACACAUGGCUUUCAGAAAGAGGAGUCACAUGCCAGGAAAUUACUAGAAUGUCACAUCCAUACCAUCACCAGCAUAGUAAAAAAACUCAACCAAAAUAUUGAGGUUUUAGAAAAUCAAGUAAGAGUUCGAGACCAGGUGGCCACUGGAACUAAUUUUGCUGUCCAAGAACUAAAUGCCAAGCACCUUCAAGGCGUUGGAGAUCUUCGUGGAAGAGUAGCCAGAUGUGAUUCAAGCAUUGUGAAGCUUUCCGGAGACCUUCACUUCAUUAGGCAGGAAUGCCGGCGAAUUGAGAACACAAUUCAAGAACUCCUGUCUUCCCUGGAAAUGGUUUCUAAAAGCUUGGAUGUGAAGGUAAUGCAGCUCUUAGGAAAGAUAGAGACUUCCAGUUCUCAGCAAAGCUCAAAUUUAAAGAUGAUCCAAGGGAAUUAUCACGAAGAAAUGAACCUUUUGGAGUUCAAAUUUAAUUCACUUUCAAAUAAACUCUAUGAAGAAGUUAAAAACAAUAGAAAAUGGACAGAAUCCCUGCUCAUCAAGCAUGAAACAGACCAGCUCGGCUAUAUAAAUAAUUGUCUGAAGCUCCUACAGGAAAAACUGGAACACUUGGAAAAUAAGACUGAAGAAAAAUUGCUGCAGCUUUCAACCAAAUUAGAAAAUUUCAUUAACACACAGAAACGGGAAGCAGAACUGCACAAAAUAAAACACGUAGAGAAUAAACUGUACAAAAAGAUGACCCAACUGGAAAAGCAGAUCUGGGAUGAAUUAGAGAAAAUGCAGACCGAAUACCAAUCAGGAUUUAAAUCGAUUCAUGACUCGCUCAGCUCCCUCCAACAAAUACAGAAAACCAAGAUGCAAUUAGAGAAACAUAAAGUCCAGAAAGACCUAAAGAAAUUACAGCGCAAGAUUGUGGAACUCCAAGAAGAUUAA